UUUUCCAUGUGCUUGUCUAAAAAUAUGCGUUUAUUCUCAUGAGGCCAACUGAAGAAACGCACAUGCUGACGCCCAAAUCGAUUAAUACUUCAACGCGAUAGAAACUGCAGGUUCAGGAAAUGUUGAAAUGAUAACUGCAGUUGUGAAUGGCGGUUUCAAGUUCAUAAACAGUUCAGUGGCUGGUUGUUUACGGCAGUCGUAGUCAAACUGAAUGAAAAUGGUGGUGACAGGAGUUAUUUUAGUGUUGUUCGUAUAUCACGUGCAAAAGACAGGUGGCCAUGAUAAACAAAAAUACAAUAUAGGUGGAAUUUUCCACGACGAAUCCCAAGAAAUAGCAUUCCAAAUUGCAACGUAUUCCAUGAACAACAAGUAUCCAGUCUCUCACAUCGAACUUUUUCCACAUACCUACCGAAUUUCCCAGUACAACACUUUGGAGGCAUACAGAGCAACCUGCGAACUUUUCGAAAACAGAGCAAUUGCCUUAUUCGGACCAAACUCCGUUGAAUCUUCACCUUUCAUCCAGUCCCUAUGCGACUCAAAAGAGAUACCUCACAUAGAAAUUCACCGUAGUUUGAAUUUGGAAAGAAACGACACUUUAGUGAAUUUUUAUCCUCACCCGAAAGUGCUGUCGUUUUUCUUCAUGGACCUGAUUGAGGCCUUCAACUGGAAAAAAGUUAUUAUCAUUUACGAUAAUGAUGAGAGUUUGCUGAGCGUCAGUUCUUUAUUGGAUUUCAACAACCGGAGAGGUAGAAAGGUUUUACUCAAGCAACUACAUUCGGCGGGUAGCAAAGGAAACUAUAGACAAAUGCUGAGCGAAGUAAAAGCUUUAGGAGAAACUAGAUUCGUUUUGACCUGCUCCACUGAUAUUUUGGAAAAUGUUUUGAAGCAGUUGCAACAAGUAGGAAUGAUGACGGAAAUAUAUAGCUACCUUAUCACAGAUCUGGAUAUGCAGACCAUAGAUCUCGAGCCAUUCCGGUAUGGCGGAACCAAUAUUACAGGGAUCAGAAUGGUUGACCCAGAACAGACUGAUGUCAAGCAAAUAGCUUUGAUAGUGCAGCCUCACGGUGAUGGCCAUAAGGUGAGAGUGGAAACGGCUCUGAUAAUCGAUGCGGUGACCCUAUUCUACGAGACACUUUAUGACCUUACCAUUGACCAGAAGAAGAUUUUGAAAGCACUGCCACUAAGCUGUAAAUCUACAAACAGUUGGAAUGACGGUUAUACCAUAAUAAACUUGAUGAAAUCGAAAUCUACACAAGGCAUAACGGGACUUGUGCAGUUUGAUGUGGAAGGUUUCCGAAGAGAUUUCAAAAUAGACGUUCUCGAGUUAUUUCCUGAUGGAUUGCUCAAAAUUGGAGAGUGGAAUUCGUCUGUGCGAAAUGUUCAUUUGAAUCGACCAGAUAGAGUGAAAUAUGGAAGUGGUAAACCAGGAGAUAAUAUCUUCAACAGGACAUUUACUGUACUGAUAAGUAUAACUCCUCCAUAUGGAAUGCUCAAAGAAACCACGACACAGCUGAAUGGAAAUGAUAGAUACGAAGGUUUUGGAGUAGACGUUAUUCACGAGCUAUCAAAAAUUUUGGGAUUCAACUACACGUUUGUUCUUCAAGAGGACGGACUUUAUGGAAACUACAACAAAACAUCAGGGGAGUGGAAUGGGAUGCUCAGAGAGAUUAUAGAUGGGAGAGCUGAUUUGGCGAUCACGGAUUUGACUGUUACAUCUGAAAGAGAAAAUGCAGUAGAUUUCACAAUGCCAUUCAUGAACUUAGGUAUAAGUAUUCUCUACCGAAAACCAGAACCAGUUCCACCAAGUUUGUUCAUGUUCGUGUCACCAUUUUCAUUCUAUGUAUGGAUCUUGUUAGCAGUUUCGUACUUCGUAGUUUCCAUCAGUUUCUUCGUGAUGGGAAGGUUAUCCCCCACAGAAUGGCAGAACCCCUUUCCUUGUGUGGAGGAACCGGAGUACCUUGUUAAUCAAUUCACCGUCAGGAAUUCUUUAUGGUUCACUGUUGGAGCUUUGAUGCAGCAAGGUUCGGAGCUGGCGCCAGUUGCAAUUUCUACAAGGACCGCGUCAGGAGUGUGGUGGUUUUUUGUACUGGUUAUGGUAUCUUCCUACACUGCUAAUUUGGCUGCUUUUUUGACAGUCACUACGUUGGUCACCCCAUUCAAAGAUAUCGAAGAGUUAGCUGCUCAAGAGGAAAUCAAAUUUGGUGCUAAAAAAGGAGGAGCAACAGCCCACUAUUUCAGGGUGAGAGUGAUUCGAAUUUAUCCAAGUACCAAAAAGUCUGGAGCUACAUGGUUCACCAUCCAGAGCUGAUGAUGGACGACAAUGA